AUGAGCGGUACAUCAGCUGGAGUUAAGACCAAAUCUUAUCUACCAAACUCCCUCAAUUUUCAAGAUCGUGAGAUAUACAAAAUCGGUUUCACUGCUUUAGAUUGUAUGCGAAGAGACGGAAAACUAUGUGACGUCACUUUGAUUGCGGAUAAUAAUCGCUUCACUGCACACAAGAUUGUAUUGGCCGCCACUAUACCAUUUUUUAAUGGAAUGUUUCUAAGUAACAUGGCAGAAUCUACUAAAAGCGAGGUCACCAUUCACGGAGUUGACGCUUGUGCUUUAGAAGCGUUCAUUGGUUAUGCUUAUACUGGCUUAGUUCAAAUCAACCCUCGUAAUGUUCAAUCAAUUUUAAUCGGUGCCAAUUUUUUACAGCUUAAUAAUGUUCGUAACAUCUGUUGCAGAUAUAUCAGUGAAAGAUUGACUGUCGACAUAGUCUUACCGAUAAGAAAUCUUGCCCAAAGCUAUCUAUGUACAGACUUGGUAUCUGCUUGUGAGGCAUAUAUCUACAAAAAUUUCGAAGAUAUCGCACGCACAACUUCAUUUUUUAACCUUGAAGGAUGCGAAUUGAUGGAAUUACUGGAGUCAGAUGAACUGAAUGUCAGCAGUGAAGAACGCUUGUUUCAUAUAAUUAUGUCUUGGGUUGAAUUUGAAACAAAAUCCAAUUCUGAUACUGAGACGAACUCUGUUAUAUCAGAGUCGGUUAACGUAAUUGAGCUACCUCAAUAUUAUGAUAGUAAUGUGCAUUCGAUAAAACCAUCUGUUUCAGUUAUUUCGCGGCAUGAUCUUAUUCGAAAGGACAUUCGUUGUAGAGAUAUUCUAGAUGAAGUACGUGAUGUACUUCUUAUGUCAUGGAAGACGUCGGAAUUCUUUAAUUGUCGACCUAGAAAAUGUCAAGAUAUUUUCGGUGUUAUUUAUGCUGUUGGAGGUUGGAAUACAGAUCUAGAAUGUCAUGGGAUUGUGGAGACUUAUCAUCCCUCACUUGGUCGUUGGGAAUUAUCAGAAAGUAUGAUAUCUAAGCGUAGUCGUAUUGGUGUGGUUGCUUUGAAUGGACUGUUAUACGCUAUUGGAGGUUUUGAUGGAAAUUCUCGCUUACGUACAACUGAAGUAUAUAAUCCAAAAAUUGGAAAAUGGGCAACCGUCGCUUCAAUGAUUUGUCGACGUAGUGCUGCAGGAGCUGCUGCUUAUGAUGGAUGUUUGUAUGUUUGCGGUGGUUUUGAUGGUCAAACAUCUUUACGUACAUGUGAGAUGUAUAUUCCAGAACAAGAUACAUGGAAGUUAAUAUCAAGCUUGAAUGAGCCCAGAUCCGCUGGUGGUCUUGUUGCUCUCAAUGGUCGUCUUUAUGCUAUUGGUGGGCACAAUGGUUUAGCUGUUUUUUCAACAGUAGAAUGCUAUGAAAAAGGUGGAGAUUUACCUAAAACACUUUCACCAUCAUCUCGUUUUGAAACUGAUCAUCAGAAUAAUGGUAUUCGGCAAAGUCCUACUAAUGUAUGGUAUUCAGUAGCUAAUAUGUUACAUCGGCGAUGUCGACAUGGCGCAACUGCGUUUCGUGAUCGUAUAAUUGUUGCCGGUGGUUAUGAUGGUGCUUCGUUUCUACAAAGUGUUGAAAUGUUCGAUCCUACAACUGGUCCAGAUCGUAAUGGUUUACAUGGACAAUGGACUGAAAUUUCAUCUUUGUCAGUCCCUCGUUCUCGAGUCGGAUUGGCUGUAACUGCAGGUUGUUUGUAUGCAAUAGGUGGUUAUGAUGGUAGUACUCAUCUACGAACAGUUGAAUGUUUCAAAUCUCCUAUUAAACAAAAUCCUUAUGAAUUAUCAAGUACUGUUUUACAAUCAAAAUUUAAUACAUUAUCUAAUUUAUUGAACAAACCUAAGAUUUCUGAUAAUUGUAGCGAUCAUGUUGAUGGUGAUGAUGACGAUAAUAAUGAUGAUGGUGUUUCCUGUAAUCAUCAUCCAUGUUCUAUGCAAUCUGAUUUUGAGUCUAUUUCUUCAUGCAACUCAACUGAAGCGGUUACAUUUGUUAGAACAACACAAAAUGGGAAAACUAUGAUGUUAGAAAAGUUAAAACCUAACCCAAUUAGUCAUCAACCAUCUAUUCCAUCCGCUUCAGUUAAUAUCAAUUGUAAUGGUGGUACUUCCACAUUAUCUUCUGUCAUCCCAUCUUCUUCUAAUCCUUUCGCUGAUUGGCAAUGGUCAUCUGGACCUUCAUUAAUUGCACAUGAGGGAUGGGUUGGUAUAUGUGUCCUUCCUUUUGACCAAUCUUCUUCAGUCCAUUAA